ACGUUAAUAGGCUCUAGGAAUGCAUUACCAGCGCUGACUGGCUGCAGUUUUGGUUGUGGGUGUGGCUCUUUUUACAUGUAUGACUAGAAGAUUUAAGGAGGCGGUGCGGAAAUAGUGGGUGAAGAUGGCGUCGGGAAAGAAGGGAGGCAACAACAGCAGCCUCGGAAAAGGUUUGAAUGGAAGACGUUCGUCAAAACAUAAAGAGGGGCCAAUAGUGAUGGACACCAAGGCGGUGUUUACUGCCCUGUACAGUGUGUGUGAGGAGAAUGCUACGUUCUUCUCUGAGGGUGCUAAGGGGGCCCAGGGUGGCGCGGCACAGCGGCUGGUGGACACCAUGACCCUGAUCCAGGAGCACGCCCGCAGCCUGGAACCUGUCAUCUCUGGCUUUGCUGCUGUCUACCAUCACUUUGACUUUGACCCGCACAUACCAGCCAACGGAUACCGCUCUCUAGUCAAGGUGGUGCGCUGCUGCAUUCUCCACAUCAUCCACAAGGGGCGCUACAUCUCCACCAACCGACGCAGCAUCUUCUUUCGGACAGCCCACAACGCAGGGGAGAUGGAGGCCUACUGCUCGGCCCUAUGUCAGCUGAGAGCCCUGCUCUACCUGGCCCAGCGACUGCUGCACGACAACAGCCACGGGAACCUCUUCUUCCACGAGGAGAGCGGCCUCAGCCAGAGCUUUGUCCGGGAGUACUCCUCCAUGCACAAGGGCUGCUUCUACGGACGCUGCCUUGGAUUCCAGUUCACUCCAGCCAUCCGUCCCUGUCUGCAGACCAUAGCCAUCGGCCUGGUGGCCUUCGGAGAGAACUACAGGCGCCACCAGUCAGGCAUUGGUGUAGCAGCCAGCUCCUUCUUUACCUCAGGGAAGUACGCCAUCGACCCGGAGUUAAGGGGAGCGGCGUUUGAACGCAUCACUCAGAACCUGGACGUCCACUUCUGGAAGGCCUUCUGGAACAUCACAGAGACCGAGGUUCUAUCUAGUCUAGCCAGUAUGACGUCCACCCAGGUGAAGGUGAACCGUGCCCUCUCGGUGCCCCCUGUGCCCUUUGACCUCCCGCUGGUGGCCGAUCCCCACCUCACUGUCACCAUAGAGGCCCCGUCGGCCCACACCGGCCCUGGCCCCGUGCAGAUGAGGCUGAUCUCCUACGAGCUGAGGGAGGGACAGGACAGUGAGGCGUUGCUGUCCCUGUCUCGUUCUGAGGGGGGUCCAAUCUCCCUGUCUCUGGGAAUGAAGACCAAGCAGAGCCCCCCUUCUCGCUGGCUCCUGGUGCACUACCACGGAGGAGGCUUUGUGGCCCAGACCUCCAAGUCUCACGAGCCAUACCUGAAGAGCUGGUCUCAGGACCUUGGUGUGCCCAUCCUGUCUGUGGACUACUCUCUGGCCCCUGAAGCCCCCUUCCCCAGGGCCCUGGAGGACUGCUUCUACGCCUACUGCUGGGCCAUCAAGAACCACCACCUGCUGGGUUGGACGGGGGAGAAUGUGUGUCUGGCCGGUGACAGUGCUGGUGGUAACCUGUGUAUUACAACAUCGAUGCGCGCUGCGUCUCAUGGUGUGCGAAUGCCUGAUGGCAUCGUAGCUGCCUACCCUGCCAUCCUGCUCACCGCCUACGCCUCGCCCUCCCGCCUGCUCACCCUCUUCGACCCCCUACUGCCCCUCAGUGUGCUCUCCAGGUGUCUCAGCGCCUACGCAGGUGAGGAGCCCCAGGCGGAGAAGCGGGUGGAGAAGGUGAGCACUCUGAGCAUGGUGAGGAGAGACACGGCCCUGCUGCUCAGAGACUUCAAACAGGGAGCUUCCAACUGGAUCCACUCCCUACUGGACCCCAACAGAGCCGCUACCACGUCAUCAACAGACGUGUCUUCGUCAGUGAGGAAGAGUGUGACUGAGGCAUCCAUCAGCUCGCCCCACUCGGACCCCCCCGAGCCCCCUGAGCAUCCCUCGGACUUCUCCCUGAGGAGAGAGUCUCUGAAGAGCCUGGCAGGCCACGCCAACAACACCCCUGCCGCUGCCCCCACCACACCUGCCUACAAUGCAAUGGUGUUCCCCGAACCCACACCUGACAACGUGAGCUUCUUCCUCUCCAAAGAGGUGGUGGUGUCCAUGUCGGAUGCUCUGUCUUCUGUUGCCAUAGCGCCCCCUGAGGGGGAGGAGGGCGUGGUGCUGGAGCACCCUCGGGAGUUCCCCCUGGGCUUCGAACCGCUGCGUUCUGAGCGGCUGGCUGAGAUGAAGCUGGCCACCUCGCCUGUCAUCAGGAACCCCUACAUGUCUCCUCUACUGGCCCCCGACAGCAUGCUGAGAGGACUGCCCCCCAUACACCUAGUGGCCUGUGCGCUAGACCCCAUGCUGGAUGACUCUGUGAUGUUUGCCAAGCGCCUGAGGAACGUAGAUCAGCCAGUCACCCUGUGUGUGGUGGACGACCUCCCCCACGGCUUUCUCAGCCUAUCACAGCUCUCCAGGGAGACUAGGGAAGCGGCUAACGUCUGCGUCGACAGAAUCAGGGACGUCUUUGACCAGAAGGACUCGCCCCAGGAGCCGCGUAUGCACCGCAAGCUGGAAAGGACCAAUCGCCGUGCUUCCUCUGUUGCCAAGGGUGACCCAGAGAAACUCUUUGCAGCACCCAUUCAGGAGGAGGAGCUGCUGGUUGCCAGGGGAGGGGCUCUAGUUCCAGAUGGGGAGGGGUUAGUUGGCGUGGCAGCACAGAACAACAAUAAUGUCAUGGGAUAAAGGCAUAAUCAGGGGUUUGCUAGACGAAGAGUGCUGUUUGUCAAAGGAUUUAAAAGGGGGAGAUUUGGGAGAGGAGAAGAGAAUAGAGCGAAGGAAAAACAGCAGGAGGAGGAUAUGCAGAAGGAGUUGGUAGAGUGCCCAGUUUUGGAGAGACAGAAUGAAGCACCCAUGGAUAGAGAGAAGGACAGCAAGUACUGAAUGCAACCUCUUCAGCUUUCAAACUCUCAAUUGCUGUUUAGCACCAUGCGCAGCGACAUGUUGCCCAUACUGGUUGAACACACACACACACACACUAAACCACUUUGCCUUUUGGUCUGCUGCAUUGUGCUUGGUGUAGAACUGUGAGUUUGGAGCCUGGACAUUAUCAAACAGCACAGAGCGUUGUGGUGAAUGGUCGAUCCAUCUCCCUAUAGAAGACUAUUCCAGUCACUAAUCAGAUAGUGGUAGAUGUGCAAUGAGCGCCUACAUAGUGCCAUCACAACUUAAUGGCCACUUGUCUUUUAGGGAGCCACUCUAAAUCAAGCUUAAUAACUGUAGAACUCUGAGGUCUGUUAAACUAGUUGGUUGUGAAUACUGCCGCUGUUCGGUCACUUACUCUGCUGAUUGGCCCAUCAAUAGGACGCUGCCGUGCUAAAAACAACAAACUUAGAAACUGGAAGGAUUUCGUAGUACCUUGAAAUUCCACAGAAAUUGUUAUCCAUAAUUGCUCUUAUUAUGCCAUAGUAUUCCUUCUUAUUUGUAUUUAUUGUGUGUGUAUACUCAUAUUGUAUUUUUUUUUUUACCCUGGAUUAUAGUUAUACCUGUUUGUUCAAGGCUUUUAAGAGCAUAUUGUGAGGUGGAUGCUAAGUUAUGUUCCUAGCUGUGUAGUGCCAUACUCUGUGGCUGCUCAUUCCUAGUUGUUCAAAGUAGCCAAAUGUUAACCUCUACCACACUCACUGUAGUGACUAGUGGUCAGUUAGCCGUUACCCACCCAACCAGUCUCCUCAUAGUGAGAUUUGGCUGAGGGUUGAUAUUAUGAGGCCAAUAUAAUUUCUAUAUGCUGGGCUUUCUUUUAAACGGAUAUAUUAUAACUAGCCAAUCAUGAAUAGCUAAUGCAAUAUUAUAGCUGCAUUUUCAUUGAUCAGUGCAAUCAACAGGAUUCAGUGGAGCAAUGAUGAUGAUAUUGUGUUGGAUUUAAGUCACUGUUGUGGGGGCAAAGCAUCAAGUCAGUCAUUUUUGAUUUGAUCAAUUUUAUUGACGCCAAGUAAUUACGUCUUAUGAUUUUAAGUCUCUUGUGCUCAGCCUUUGUUGCCAUCUAAUAUAAAUCACUUAGCUGUCUAUAGACUGGCUUUAGAAGCAGAUGUUUUUUAAAAGACUGGAAAUCCUUUCUCUAUUUGCACAGUGAAUAACUUCAAUACGAAAGCCUGAAGCAGACAGAUCCACUGCCCAUCUCUUCAUACUAUAUCUGUACAUCACUGCACUGACUGCCAAAAACGCAGCCCUCUAUCCCAGGAUGCAGUGCGUUACACUGCCACAGCCCUUGAGCCAGGGGACGUCCUGCUUGCUGACCCAUUUCUGCAUCUCUGUCCAAAUCACACAGGAUCCAUUCUGCUCCAACAGCCUGUACCGAGCGAGCAGGAGAAUCUAGAACAAGCCUGAUAGUGAGCUCAUACUCACUGAACAGGUGACUUCUCUAGUUAGAGAAUGUCUUUCUUUAGGACAUUCUACAGUGGCUGACUGAUAAUCUGUGUGUUCUACACCAUCUUUACCCCGUGCAAAUACUCAGUGGCUGACUGAUAAUCUGUGUGUUCUACACCAUCUUUACCCCGUGCAAAUACUCAGUGGCUGACUGAUAAUCUGUGUGUUCUACACCAUCUUUACCCUGUGCAAAUACUCAGGGGCUGAUGCUGCUACUACGUUUUACUGAAUCUGAUACUUGAUAUGGCCUCUGUCUAGCUUGUUGAGAAAGAAUGAUUCACAUUCUCCCCCCACCAGACGAGCAGGGUUUAUCCAGCACAAGGUCAUUAUCUACUUUAUGAUUCUGUGUCCUGUUUGCUGCCAGUGCUUAUUGCAGCAUUUUGAGGCAGGCUGAUAGAAAUGAAAAGACCUGUUAAGUGAUUCCCUUGAAUACCUUCACGGUUCUUGUUUUUAGAAGUCUUGUGUUUAAUGGUUGCUGGUUAUGAUCAUUUCACACUUUUUCAUUGUAAGUUAAGUGUAAAUGUGUGUUUCGUGUGUCUGUCUGUGUUUAGUGCCCGUGUGAGUGUCUGGUAAGUGGAUUCUGUAUGUGUAUCAAUGACUCUAACAUUGCACGUGUUUGUCAGUGCUUGUGUGGGUGGAACAUCUACCAUCUUUGAAACAUGAUUGUGUUUUUAAUUGUAGCAGUAAAGCAGCACGUGGGUGUAUGGGACCAUGAGUUGCAACCCAAGCCCCUGAAUCUCAUGGGUGUUGUACAGUACACUAUUGGUUAGCCAAGCAGGACUUCUGAGAUCCCAUUUAACAUGCAUUCUGUCAGCCAUCCAUUACUAGGUCCUUGAUGAAUACAGUUCUCAUUGUGCUCUAGCAACAUGACUGAUCAUGCAUAUUGAGAUUUAGUAGCCUGGCGUCUCCAUUGCCAGAGUAGAUAUCAUAACCCCACACCCAACCAGCACCACUCCAGGCCCUAUGGGAUGCCCUGAAUGGCUCCUAUAGACUACUAGCGCCCCCAAUGAGCAAGGCUAGUACAGCCCUCUGACCCAUCUAUGGAGCUGUGUAAUGGUGGGUUAGAACCGCUUGGUGGUUUAUGACCAAAUCCUUUUUAUUUGGGUUGUGGCUUUAGACCAGGUCCUGGUCAGAAACAUUGCUCUUGUUUUCUUGAUGGGUCACAAUAAAUGAUUUUAUAUGGGUCACAGUGCAAUAAGCUGCUCUUUUAAUGGCUACCAAUCCUUCACCUGAUCUGAGAGGAGGGCACCACACAGGAGAAAUCCAUGGCAUGGUGCUAGCCCAUCAGUUGGUCUCGUGAGGUUACCGCCGUCUUGUUUUCACCUUCCUAGUCCUCUCCUAUUGGUUGUCAGGAAAGGUAAGGAGCCAUUUGAGAGCAUUGGAACAUGGCCUCCCUCCAUAUGUGGGCCAACCACUGUUUCUAUGCCUCUAGAGGAUUGAUGCAUCAUGCAUUUGUGUGCAUGUUGCUGCGUUCAAAACAACUUGGAGCUUGGAAAAAUGGUCAAAUCAUGACGUGAGUGAUCUUCAGGUCGCAAAGUCGGAGUUCUAGAAAGAGGCCCAAGAUUCCGAGUUGGAUGAAGGUUGUCGGAGAUCGCUUUUUUUUUCUCCCUCGAGUUCCCAGUUGUUUUGAAUGCUCGGAAGUCGGAGAAUUUCCGAGUUCCUAGUUGUUUUGGGCAGUAUGCACCUCUUUUGGGUCUUGAAAUGCAAAAUGGCUGAAGUAGUGUGGAGUAAUUUAAUGUGGCUUUAUGUGUUUUGAUUGUACAUCAACCAUUUCCCUCAUGUAUAGGCUAUUUAUACUGGAUUCAACAUCUCUUAGCCCGGGAUAUCUUUAGCUCUAGGCUAACAUGAAACAUGCAGUGUGAAAAGCCUAUUAUUCAACAUAUCUAAAAGCUGUUAAGGUCAAGUACCUGGUCAAAUGUUACCCUACACACAGCUAUGCAGUAACGCACCAGCAUCCUUUACUAGGUUUUAUCUCCUGUCUUUGCUGAGCCAUGUCUGUUUUUCAAUCUAAAAUUUGGUCUUGGUUGAAAUGCUUUCGAUCAUCCCUGAGGCUAGAGUUAUGCAAGGCUAUUUUCCAUUUACAUUUGGUCAUUUAGCAGACGGCAUACCACUUAGUUUGUGUAGAUUCCACAAUGCUCUAGGCAAUCUGGUCACUUGAGAAUCAUUUCCUUGACUAGAAAUGACCUCGACUGCCUGCUUUGCAGAAUGUGUUCUUCUUUAUAGGAAAUGUUUUUCUUUAUUAUUUUGUCCCACUUAGACCAGGGGUUCUGUAGAGAUACUGCCGGGCAUCCGCAGCCAGACAAAUUUCACCAAUUAUACAUUUUUCAACUCAGCUAUUUCCCCCCCAAAAAUGUUUUUGUUGUUGUACAUAAAUGCACUUUAAGCUUUAAACUGCAGUUUUCUCUCUGCCUCAUGGCAGUGUCGAUUGCAGGAUAUUACCUUUAAAGCAGUAAUUUGCUUGAGAAUUGCAACAUUUUCACUCCGAUGCCAACAGGCGGGCCCUUUGAAAUGUUCUUUCCCCAGGCCCGAGACUUGGUUCGUUCAGCCAUAAACUGCGGAAGUCAUAACUCUUUGUAGACUAUUUUUAUCGCACUCGAGUUAUGAUUAUGAGGGGAUCCUGAUAAAUUUGCUAUCACAAAAGGGGUCCCCUCCCCAGACCCAAAACGUUUGCGAACCCCUGACUUAGACAAUACCACCUGUGUGAUAAAGUGUAUGUUAGAUUAAGGCUUGAAACAGAACCAAAGAUUGCGUGUAGUUUUAUAUGAAACUUGCUAUCACUGUCAUUGACAUUAGUAACAGACAUUUUGGCCUGGGUUGAUGUCUGUGUGUCCUGGUAGCUGUGUCAUUGAGAUCUGCAUAGUAGCUCUCUGUUUGCACUUUAUGGAACAAGAUACUGUGGUUAAUAUAGAGCUAUUUAAGAUGACUAUUUUAUUAAAACCUACACAAAGCCAUAGACUGGAAGAAAAUGUUUUGAAGUUUACUUGUUUUUUAUUUUACAACACCACAAGUGCAACCAUGUGAAUAAAAAAGAUGAAUCUAUAUUACAAAAAUAAAAUAUAUCCUGUAUAGAUAUUUUUUACUUUCA